CAGGACGGGACGGACGUAACACGAAACGACCUACUUUCUCUACAAUGAGAUUCAAAUCGACAGCCUCAAAAUAAAGAUCGAAUUUUCCUCGCUCUUUAGUGCUUAUGAGGUAUUUUUAUACAUAAUAUCGAUCGUUUAUAUAAGUUCAUCUCGUAUUGUAGGUAACCUACCUACCCACCUGGGUACUACCUAAGUAAUGCAAUCAAUCGCAAGAAUAGCAUCAUUCAUUAUGGGUCCUUUGAACGUAUACAAGGAGGAUUACCAAUAUGCAUUGCCGGGGGUUUGCAAAAAUAACCCCAAUUUAUCACACGACAUUCUCUACUUGUGGUCAUCAGAACAGGACCGCUCGACCUGCCCCUCUUGUCAUUACCCUUAUCAUUCUUCCGUUGAGAAUAAGUGUAGAAGCGAAGAAGGGCGCAAUGGGCUCGUCAACCCACCAGCCCCGCAGCCUGUCUCCCUUCCAUCGAAUCCGUCGCACACCACCCAGCCUGCUACGUACCACAGCUCCGGCACAUCCCUUGCGGCGGGGCACGGGCCGGUCAAUCCCCUUCAGUACAUACAGCCUCGGACCAGCUCUACCAGCAACGGGCGGAGCGGACAUGGGUCAAAUAGACAAGGUAGCAACGUUUUAGCCCAUGUGAAUGAUACUUGCACGCAAAUACUAGAUGGGUGGUACGCUGCCAAAAGGAAAUAUGCUAAGGAUGUCGCAGCAAGCGGGUCGACGUACGACAGGAAGGAAAAUGAAGUAGUUCUGAGAAUUGCCUCAUACGCCUGCGAAUAUUAUAUCCACGGACAUGGAGCAGAAGCAGCAUUCGUGGCAACUAAAUACUUCAAAACAUGGAAGAGCGACAUCCCAGUCCCCCCUUUGAAACAACAUCUGACCUUACAGGCCUGGCUUGAUACCAGCAUUAUAAACCAGUUUCAGGUCAACCAGCGAGAAACCCUCAAGUAUAGCCAUCACGCUAAAUUUGUUAAAGAGCUUCAAUCGGCAGGAAGAUACCAUACUAUCACUUCGUUGGUAGAUAUUGCCGGGUAUGAGCAGAUGACUGUUGGCAGCUUACUCAAGGAGAAUGAGAAUCCCUGGAACAGACUGAAGCCCCAUACCAAGAGCAAUACCUUCAAGGCCUUCGUGGUCAUGUAUAGGAAACGGAUUGAUGCACCUCUACACGUGCAACUCGCGGCAAAUCCCCGCAAUUCCCACAUCUCCCGCAUCUCGGCCCCUGUUGCAUCUCCACCUGUAAGGCGGGUGGAAGAUCUAGAUGAUCCAUUCCUCGAAGACGAUGAGGAGAGCCAACCCAUACGGCGCCAACCGGCAUAUUCGUAUGCAAAUUCUGGCCCUGCCUUAUCGCCGACAGGAAGUCGGGUGCUGCGAAGGGAGAUCUUGGAUCAGCCUAGCCCAUUAUUACCGAUCCUUGAGACGACGCGACAGCAGAAUUCGGGGGGCCUUGCCCUGGAACGUCCUGAGAUUAAUUCUGUACCAACCGGGCGUCCCGUGACCCAUGCGAUGCGUCAAUGGAUUGACCUUACUAACGAAUCGCCCGCCGUAGAUCACGAGUCUCCAGGCUCUUACACCCUUGGUCUACGGCAAGAGUGGCCUGGCUUUUCUCCAAGACCGGGAGUGGAUAGCAUAGGCGAAGGAAGUUCAAGAGGAUCUAUACGAGAAGAGCCGGUUGCGUUCGAUAGAGGAAACUCAUCUAUCUCUAUAGGUGCAGCACGAACCGUCGAUGCAGAAGUGUUGUCCGUUUCUUGCGAAACGCGGAGCACUCCUGAUAGAGCUACCCGUCAACCCCAAUCCUCUCAAGACGCUGCUUCAUUGAGAUCGCAACAGGGUCUAGCCACCCAAGAUGGAACUCUUUCAAGUAGCCAAGAUUCAACCACUAAUGCAAACCCCGCCAUCACAGCUACCGCCCUGAGACAUGAUGGCAACUAUAGCUACGUACCUACCGGAAAUCCUCCUACACUUCCCUAUAGGAGCCACUCGCCAAAGCCCAAGGUAAAUGCCAAAAAACGAAAGGCUAGUCAGCUCUCUGUUAGUAUUGUCGAUUUUGGGAACGGAGGGGGCGGUCCGGUAACGCGUCGAAGAAGCAGAGUCGUCCAAUCAGCAGACGUAGAGAAGGACCGAAACAACGAGCCACGCAGAAGCCGCAAUGCCUCAAAUUCCCAAGUCGGUAGGGAAUCGUCGACUCCUAGAUACAAUACUCGCAAGCGAUCGGAAUCAUUAAAGCCUGGGUAUUACGAGGGGCUUGCUAAUGGGCGAUAGGGCAUCAUAUAAACAAACAGGUUCAAUAUGUCGUUCCAAUUAUUUCAAGAGGUAGUAGGCAUUACAUGAGUGGGCAUUUCAUUCUUAAAGAUCUUUUAUAGUAUUGGUAUUGUGUUGGUUGGUAUCUUAGAUGUUAGAAUUAUAUAAGUGUGUUAGUUUUCA